AUGGACGCCGGUUCUGUUGACAAUUUUAUUUCCGAACAAGAAAAUAAAGCUACUUCACAAAAAAACCGAACGAGACGUAAGACUAUUACUGUAUUACACUUGUUUUUGGAAACCAAGAAUGAAGAAAGAAAAAUGGAAGAUAUUCUGACAGCAGAACUGAACGAGUACGUGUCUGAGUUUAUCAAUUCGGUCAGAACCAAAGACGGGAAAGAAUACGAGCCAUCUUCUCUCCGAAAUCUAUUAGCAAUCUCCGAGCGACAUCUUAAUAAAAACUACCCUGCAAGCAUUAUCAACGAUUUAGCAUUUAAGAAGACAUUAAAAACUUUGAAAACUUUAAAUACAUAG